AGGGAUGGGGGCCAAGGAUGUCCUUCUGUCUGUGGUCUUCCCUUUGCCCCCAGCCCUGCGAACUAGAGAGGGCCAAGGAGCCGCCAGCUCUGCAGGAGGAGGCUGCCUCAGGCAGUGCCAAGGGCAAGCUGGCCUGGCUGGAGGCAGCCCUGCAGCAGGCCAAGCAGGACAUGGCGCAGCAGCUGCGCGAGUACCAGGAGCUCAUGAUCGUCAAACUGGGCCUGGACUUUGAGAUCGCCACCUACCGCAAGCUGCUGGAGGGCGAGGAGAGCAGGUGA